CGUUCGUGACGUUCCCCAGCCCCUCCUAGAUCCCAUAAUAUAGCCGUUGCGGCUUCUGCGUGUGCGAUGGACGUCGAACUUCAACAGGUCGUGCAAGCUAUCAACAUCGCUGCAGAUCCCACACAGCAGGCGUCUGACGUCUACCAGCAAGCGCUCGCGUACCUGCAGUCAAUCCAGCAGAACGGGGAGUCGAGCUGGCGGCUUGCACUCCAUCUCUUUGUAGACCAGAAUGCGGAUGGCACGCGCAAGUAUCCCACGCAGGCGCGUUUCUUCGCGUUGCGCGUGCUAGAUGACUUCUUCGAUGAAAGGCUAGUGCCGUUCGAUCAAGAGACGUUCAGCACCCUGCAACAGGCCAUGCUCGCGUACAUCCAGUCAGAAUACGUCUUUGGAGCAGCAGAAGCUAGUGCAACGUUCCUCCGCAACAAGUUCUCCCACACGCUCACCCUGUUCUUCCUCUGCACGUACAUCGACCAAUGGCCCUCCUUCUUCACCGAUCUCUUCACCUGCAUCCAGCCUGCUGAGGGCUCCUCAGAACGCACGUUCAACCGCCACGUCUCCCUCCUCUUCUUCCGCGUCAUGCUUGAAAUCUCUGGCGAGGUCGCGGACCAGUUGAUCAAGACCGCCCGCACGUUCAACGCGGAGCGCCACGCGCGCGAUGGUCGUGUGCGCGAUGCCGUACGCGAGCGCGACGCGCCGCGCAUCAACGAGGCUGUCUUGACCAUCGUAUCGGAUGCCGCUCGCCGGAUGGAGACCCAGCGCAAGGAUGGGUCGGCGUCCCGAGAAACGGAAGAGGUGGAGGAGAUGGUGGACCUGGGGAUCAGGACCUUCGGCUCGUACGUCGGUUGGAUCGACAUCAACCUGACUGUGACGCCGACGACUGUGCCCCUCUUGUUCACUUUGCUUGCCGACUCCUCCCUUCCCAUCCGUCUCGCUACCUCCGUCUCUUUGUUGCGCAUCGUGUCAAAAGGCUUGAAGGAGCCCGGCGACAAGUUGCAGCUUCUCAAAAUUCUGUCCCUUGGGCAAGUCAUUGAUGCCCUAGAAACGAAGACACGGGAACAACAGGUAGAAAGGGGGACCGAUACCGACGAAGGCGAAGAGUCCUAUCGAGAAGCCCUCGGCAAAUUGCUCAAUGUACUCGGGCUCGAGCUGAUGAAGCUCAUCGAGGACAACACUGCCACCGAUGUCGUCAAAGCAGAGGCGAAUUCCUACCUAGAACAGAUUCUGCCCGUCACCUUGAGAUUCAUGGCCGACGAAUACGACGAUACUUGCAACACCGUCUUCCCUUUCCUGCAAGCCUUGUUGACUAAUUACAAACGCCUGCGCCGUGCCUCCACCGACCCACUCCCGGAAGAGAAGCGCGCUUUCCUGGCGUCCUUGGUUCAAGUCAUCCUCACCAAACUCAAAUGGGACGAAGAUGCAGAACCAGAAGACCUGGACGAAGACGAGAACACAGAGUUCGAGAAUCUGAGAAAGGAUUUGCGCGUAUUCAUGGACUCCGUCUCAGUCAUUGAUCAGCCGCUGGUUCUUGAUGCGGUGCGAACGCUUGUGCUGGGCACCUUCACUGCGUAUCAGGAAGGGACACAAAUUAAGUGGAACGAUGCGGAGCUGGCUGUCUACCUCAUCUACGUCUUCGGCGAAGUCAACAAAUCCACCUCGAGCAAAGGCAGAGCAGCAUUCUGCGAAGCGCCUCCCGCUGUGAAGGGUCAGCCCCACGACUACAGCCAAUACCCUCUGACUGCACAUGGCGCGGUCCUCUUCGCCAUGGUCCAGUCCGGCAUUGUCAGCUACCCUCAUCGCGCGGUCUCACUGCAGUACUUCGAAAGCGUCGCGCGUUACCCGGACUUCUUCAAGGUCAGGAAAGAGUGCAUACCGCCGACGCUAGAAGCAAUGAUUGAUUCUCGCGGUGUCCACAACGAAAACCAGAACUACCGCCUGCGCGUGUACUACCUAUUCUACCGCUUCAUCCGGGAUGGGAAGUCGGACAUCUCUCCAGAGCUCGCCGUGCGCAUCAUCAACAGCAUCCGCGAUCUGCUGCCCGUCGAGGUCGCGCCCAUCGAGACAGAAGACAAAGACGCAGAUCCGCUCGCAGAAGCCGUCAACAACGCCGCGUUCAACUCGCACAUCUACCUUCACGAAAUCGCAGGCAUGCUCUGCUCUCUGCUCUACAAGGAGCCGCAGGAACAGAGCGCGCUGCUCAUGAGCCUCGUGCGCCCCAUGAUGGACGACCUCAGCUCGAGCUUCGAGACCGCGAAGGCCACGCAGGACACGGUGGCCAUCGUCCGGGUACACCACAUCAUCAUGGCGCUGGGGAACAUAGCCAAGGGGUUCCCGGACAUGCCAGCGCCGCCGCUGCCUGAGGGGUACAUCGUGCCCCCGCUGGACGUCUUCACGCAGACGGCGCAGGCAAUCCUGGUGUGCUUGGAGGCGAUGAAUGUGUUCAAGAUCAUCCGGGAUGCGGCAAGGUUUGCGUUCGCGCGGAUCCUGGCUACGACGGGGCCGAACGUGACACAUCUCAUUCCGCCGCUCAUGACGAACUUGUUGACGCACUUUGAACCGACGGAGCUGGUGGACUUCCUCAACUUCAUUGGCUUGCUGUUGCAUAAGCUGAAGCGCGAUAUCUUCGACGUUCUCGACGAGUUAAUUGGCCCGCUGACCGACCAUAUUGGGCGGAUUGUCUCUCAGCCUGUCCAAGGGACAGAUGAAGAGCGUGACCGCGUUGAGACGCGUCGUGCGCUCAUCAACAUGUUCAAUAGCACCCUCGACUCGGACCUCCAGGGCGUCUUCACGUCUUCUCGCAACAACGCACGUUUCGAGCAGGUCAUCGAGAUGAUGCUUGGCUUUGCGACAGAUGUCUCCGAUCCGGUCACGCAAAGAACAGCGUUCGCGUGGAUGAACCGAAGCGUGCAAGUGUGGGGUCAGCCUGCUAGUGGAGAUGGCGCACCAAGCACCGGCAUCCCCGGCUUCGAGCGCUUCAUCUACGAGCGUUACGUUCCUGCGGCCUUUGCGGUGCCCGCCAACCCCGCCUUCAACCCGAAGGACGGCCAGUCAGUGGUGGUCCUCCACGAAAUCGCCAACCUCCUACAAAAGAUAUGCAAGACCCGCGGCGACGAGGCGUACAACUUCUUCCUCUCCGCGUUCUUCCCGUCGCAAAACUGGCCAGCGGACACUGCCCUCGAACUGACGACAAAGAUGCGCGAUCUCGAGCCGCGGGUCUUCCGCAAGUACUUCCACGACUUCGUGCGCUCCUCGCGCGGGCUGUGAAUAGAGGACGGUUGCUUGAUGGGUGGCGGCUUAGCGCGUCGACCGCGGCUUGCUCCUCGCGGCGCAGUCCUCUGUAUAGAUGCCGGUUGCGCGGGCGUCGCUGCUGCAGAUCUACCUAAAACUAAUCUUAUUCUUACGCUCAGCACAUUGUACUCCUCAUUGCAUAUCUUAGUAGCAUAGUGUAGGCUUUAAAUCAACCAGAUUGUAUUGCGCAGGG